AAAAAUUGCGAGGUCUUGCCAUUUUUUCAGCUUCAUUUCCUCGACUACAUAGUUUAAUGCUAAACAAUCAGUUUAGUUCACUCUCGAAUUUGGCGGUUCCAAGUUUGCAAUCCAUUCCUGAGACAAAAUUUUGAAUGCGAGAAAAACGACCAAUCGCGGUAAACGUAGGAUACCGUUAACUGUCAUUCUACUAUUAAUAGCGACUAAAAUUGUUGAUGAAUUUGGUGACAAUGUCACAUAUGAUAGAACAUAAAGAACAGAGAAUUUUUCGAGGAGUGACGAGUGACCCUACCAGACCCUACUGAUUCUUUAGCAUUAUACUGUGGCAAUAGUAUGUAUGAUAUGAGAGUUGGAUAUUAACGAAAUUUAAAGAUUGGUGAAAAACUAAGAAGUGUGAAUUUAGAUCCCUAACACUGUAACACUGAUAUUUAUCCGUAUAUUCAUAAAAUGAUGUUCAACAAGAUGAUGCUGCCCAUUUAAUAAAUAAAAUGGCAUGUCUGGUGGUUAGGCCGUACAAUGAGCAGCGGAGUAGCCAAAUAUGGCGUCGUCGCAGUGGUAUAGCAUGGAUCCACGCUGGCCUAGUAAUCUUCAUCUUGGUAUUCAUAUGGACCCAGAUGACGUACCUGAGCAUCAAUGGUUCAUCCCCGCAAUACUUAGAAUUAAACGAUAGUAACGCGGUUAUUCUGACCGUUCUAAACAUAUCUGAGAUUAAACGAAGUAUAGCACAAUACAACAGACAACAAAUCGUUUACAAUGAAAAUAUAUUUGAACCGCUUCAAAACGACUCGAUUGUCAUACUAGUUCAAAUACACGACAGAAUCACUUACUUGAGCCAUUUAAUUGUCAGCUUAGCACAAGCACCUGGUAUUUCUCAGACCCUUCUUAUUUUCUCUCAUGAUUACUAUGACGAGGAAAUCAAUAAUCUGAUCAGAAGCAUUGAUUUUUGCAAAGUGAUACAAAUAUUUUAUCCCUACUCCAUACAAACUCACCCGUACGAAUUUCCAGGAGAGGAUCCCGGAGACUGUCCUAGGAAUAUUACAAAAGACCUAGCUUUAAGAAAAAAAUGUAAUAAUGCACUUUACCCAGACGUCCGUGGGCAUUAUAGAGAAGCAAAAUUUACUCAAACAAAACACCAUUGGUGGUGGAAAGCAAAUAGGGUAUUUAGUGACCUGGAUAUUACCAGAAAUCACACCGGUCUGGUAGUUUUUCUUGAAGAGGAUCACUAUGUUGCUGAGGACUUUAUCCAUUUGUUGCGAUUGAUGGAACGGACCUACAAAGAAUAUUGUAAGCAUUGUAAUAUAUUGUCUUUGGGAACAUACUUGAAAACAUACAACUACUAUUCCGAUUCGAAAAAGAUAGAAAUAUCACCAUGGAUUAGCAGUAAACAUAACAUGGGAAUGGCUUUUAACAGAUCAACUUGGUUGCAGAUUGUAAAUUGUGCAUCAAAUUUUUGUAAAUAUGACGACUACAAUUGGGAUUGGUCGUUACAACAUGUAUCUCAAAACUGUUUGAAAGAUAAACUACAUGCAAUAAUAGCUCGUGCCCCCAGGGUUUUCCAUAUCGGAGAAUGUGGUGUUCAUCACAAGAAGAAAGACUGUCAGUCUACGGCAAUGAUAUCAAAAGUUCAACAGGUCCUCAAAAAUGCAAAUAAAGAUUUAUACCCACAUCAUUUAAUAUUAACGUUCUCUAUAGUACUGAAAAAUACGAAACUUCGAAAGGGUUAUGGCGGAUGGGGCGAUAGAAGAGAUCAUAAGUUGUGUAUCGGUAUGACUAUAGGUGGAUAGCUGAUUUUAUUUUUGUUAUACUUUUGUUAUUUUGUUAUUUUGUUAAUAAAAUUAUAAAAUUUUAUAAA